GUUCCCUGUGGUGUGGAUCAUAACUAAAGAUUUUCCAAUGUGGAGUUCAACAUGGGCAAGAUUAACCUUACGACUAUAGCCUUAGUAUUAUUUGGCUUGUAUGUGCUGAAUUCCCUGUAUGUUUUAUAUCAUUUUUUCUAUCUUCCUGCGUGUACUGGAGGGCCAAAGUUAUGUCUUUAUCCUCAUCAAACCAUCGAUGGGCCACUAGAGGUUGCGCUUUACACGUCUACAAAGAAAGAUGCCAUUAAUAGCAACAGUAUGGAAUUUGUAUGGAAGGAUGAUAAUUUUAGUGUUUUAGAACCAUUUUCUUUAUCUAUCAAUGUCAGUAUUCCAAGAAAAACUAGGAAAAAUGGUACACUAUUUGCUCAUCUGUUUAUCUAUCCUCAUGGGAUGACACCAUUUGAUAACUACUUUACGUCACAUGCUGUUGAUGAACUAACUAUUUAUGCUGUACCUAAAGAUGAGUCUGUGAAUCUUCUUUCCAGUACCAAGAAUGAAAAGAAAGCACCAUCACAUUCAGAAUUACCUGUAUCUCACUGGAGAAAGAAACUGUCUUUCCACAUUCUGAGUGAAAAAGUGGUUUUUGAGAGAUUUGCGAUUCCUGCAGAGAUUUACUCUUUUUUGAGAGUGACAGCUGAUGAACAAUAUCUACCUGUGUUAUAUGCUGAUCAGCUACAAGUAAAAUAUAGACAUACCAAGCAACUUAAUAAGACCUCAGUGGAGAUGCCGCUGAUAGUUGAAUACUCUCCUAUAUCCCUUGGAAGGCUGCGUAUGUGGUCUUCUGUUCACCAAUCUCUUGCAACAAUGAAAAGCUUAGGUUUUUCUGAUAAGGAUUUGGAUGACAUCCGAGGCCUGUUUACUGAAGUGAACAUGUAUCUUUUAGCUCUGACAUUUGCCAUUUCUAUUUUCCAUAUACUGUUUGACUUUCUUGCUUUCAAAAAUGAUAUCAACUUUUGGAGGAAAACCGAUUCCAUGGUUGGGCUGUCUUCAAGGACAGUUGUGUGGCGCUGUGUCAGUAGCUUUAUAAUAUUCCUGUAUUUGCUGGACGAGAAGGCUAGUCUCUUGGUUUCAAUUCCAUCAGGAAUAGGGACACUGAUCGAGGCCUGGAAACUAACCAAAGCAUUCAAGAUUGAAAUAGAUUUACGACAAAUGAGAAUCAAGUUUGGAGAAAGAUCUUCCAAAGAAAAGGAAACCGAUUCUUUUGACGACGAGGCCUUGUACUAUUUAAAGUAUCUUAUAUAUCCACUGGUAGCCGCUAGCGCAGUUUACUCACUUAUCUAUCAUCCACAGAAGAGUUGGUAUUCGUGGUUUAUCAAGAGCUUGGUCAAUGGUAUAUACGUCGUCGGGUUUCUGUUCAUGUUACCACAAUUAUUUGUGAACUAUCGCUUGAAGUCUGUCGCUCAUCUUCCCUGGAAAGCAUUGAUGUACAAGGCAUUUAACACAUUUAUUGAUGACGUCUUUGCAUUUAUCAUCACCAUGCCAACCAGUCAUCGGCUGGCGUGUUUCCGUGAUGAUAUCGUCUUUGUGGUUUAUAUCUACCAACGCUGGCUUUAUCCAGUGGACAAAACCAGAGUCAAUGAAUAUGGGAUGUCAUACGAGGACGAACAAAACCAGCCAAAGAAACAACAUACUGACUAACAUGGCAAGGGAAUUAGGAGUUCUUAGGAGAUAUUCUCGAAAGAGUUAACAUGUUUUAGUCAAAUCCAACUAGUGUUCUAUCACACCACAUUGCUCUGCUCUGAUUGGAUGAGCUACUACUAGGCUAUAAGUUACAGUCUGCUGGUAGCGAAAAGUGCCGGCUUUGAAAACCAAAACAUUAAAUUUAACGAUGUAACGACGAACCAUAAACGCUCUCCACACCAUUUAACAUAUAAAAGUUAAAAUGAAUUACCUGGUAUCCGUGUUGUCAAACUUUAGUCUACACUUCAUGAGAGAAAGGCCGAUUUUAGCGUUUGAAAUAAAUGAAGAAUAGAGAUACCGUC